AAAUUAUCCACACUUAUUUAUCAUUUUUUUAUUAAAAAGAAAACACUAAACAGAGUGAAGUGAAGUUGCCAUACGAUACCGCACGAUCUUACCUUCACCGAUCAAAUGGCCACCGUAAUCGACGGCAAAGCCGUCGCACAAACUAUCCGAUCUGAAAUCGCCGACGAGGUCCGUCUCCUCUCUAAAAAAUACGGAAAGGUUCCGGGACUUGCAGUGGUGAUUGUAGGGAACAGAAAGGACUCGGAAAGCUAUGUCAAAACCAAGAGAAAAGCGUGCGCUGAUUUGGGAAUCAAUUCAUUUGAUAUUGACCUUCCAGAAGAAGUUUCUGAAGCUGAAGUUAUCAAACAUGUUCAUGAAUUGAACGCUAAUCCUGAUGUACAUGGUAUAUUGGUUCAACUUCCAUUGCCUAAGCACAUAAAUGAAGAGAAAGUUUUGACUGAAAUCAGUCUUGGGAAGGAUGUAGAUGGCUUCCAUCCUUUGAACAUUGGCAAGCUGGCAAUGAAAGGCAGAGACCCUCUGUUCCUUCCCUGUACACCCAAGGCAUGCCUUGAACUAUUAUCACGAAGUGGUGUAAGUAUAAAGGGGAAGAGGGCAGUUGUGGUUGGUAGAAGCAACAUAGUUGGAUUACCAGCUUCACUGCUACUUUUGAAAGCAGAUGCCACAGUUACCAUUGUUCAUUCACAUACAAGUCAAUCAGAUACGGAAAGUAUCAUACGUGAAGCAGAUAUUGUUAUUGCAGCAGCAGGACAAGCAAAGAUGAUCAAGGGAAGCUGGAUAAAACCUGGAGCUGCAGUGAUAGAUGUUGGCACAAAUUCUGUUGAUGAUCCAACUAGGAAGUCGGGUUACAGGCUUGUUGGAGAUGUAGAUUUUGAGGAAGCAUCUAAAGUAGCUGGUUGGAUUACUCCUGUUCCUGGUGGUGUGGGUCCAAUGACAGUCACAAUGUUGCUGAAGAACACUUUGGAGGGUGCUAAGCGCAACAUCGAGCAGAAUAACUAAUAUUCCUAUAGUUUUAAUAAAAUGGAUUUUACUCAUCCUUUGAGAAUUAGUUAUAUCCACCGUUAAGUAUCUGCUAAGAUAUGAGUAUAUUUUAUGUAACUGUAAGGAUCGGUGUUGAAACUAGGUAAGUUGUUUUGGUCCAACAGAAUUUUAAUGUCUUCCCUGUUCUUGAUAUUUUGCUCUCUUGUAAGAGUUUAUUGGAAUCUCCAUGAAUUUGGUAAAGUUUCAGAAAUAUGUUACUUUUGGUACAUCAAAAA